AUGGAACAAGCCUCACCAACCUCGCCGACCUCACUAUCCAGCGCCCACGUCUUUUCAGACGAGGAUCCGGUACAUAAACUCGGUGCGGCGGCCAUCCUCGUCCACAGGCACGUUGAGGAGCUCGAGGAGCUGAUAGAACUGAGGAAGAAGGGAUGGACGGAAAGCGAUCUGAACAAUCAUUUCAAAACCACUCGCCGCAUCGCGGACGAGCAGAAUGACCGCCAGACUCAAUACUGGUACAAGGCGAUGAAACCUGUCAUGAGCGAGCUGGACGAUGCCGCACGGUUCAUCCCUACCUUCGGCAACUUCGAGUUCCUCGAUAUCGGAUGUUCCCCCGGAGGCUUCAGUGCGCGGGUUCUUGAGAAGAAUCGCUAUGCUUCCGGGGUGGGCAUCUCGCUACCACCGUCCAUGGGAGGCUAUGAGUUCAGCCUCGAGCGCCGCUUGCAGUUGCGCCAACGAUACCGCCUCAUCGAGCAAGACAUCAUGACCUACGACCUCCACAUGACGGAUGCAGGAACGGCCCAACCCUUCCCCAAGGACCUCUGCGCUCGGUUCGCGUUGGUCAUUCUCGAUGGCCACGCCCUUCGCACGUACUCCGCCCCUGGAGACACGCCGGACGAUCCGAGACUGGCGCAGGCGGUGUACCGGGACGCGCUGCUCAUCGGGCAAUUCAUCAUCGGACUCCUCGCCGUCCGGAUGGGCGGUACGGUCGUCGUCAAGCUGUCGCAUUUGGAAUGUUCCCCUGCCGCUCACCUCGUAUACCUCCUCGACGCGAUCUCGGACACGCUCGUCCUGCAUAAGCCCGCCAUCAUGCACUCCAACCGGGGAACGUUCUACGCGGUCGCGAAGGGCGUUGGGCACGGGCAGCAUGCGGAUAUGAAGGACGUGUACCUUGAUGGGCUCAGGGACUUGUGGCGCGAGCUCAGAUUGAAUCAGAGCGGACUGAUCAGCGUAAGCUAUUUUGCUGAAGAAUUUAUACUGCUUGGUGACUUUCUGUGGUCGCUCCGAGGGCGCUGGCACGUCGAGGCCGACAUGACUCGUUCGCCCUGGACGGGACACUUGCCAGGCAUCCUCAAGGUAAAGAAACGCCCAUGCAUCACCCCUGCGGCGUGUUGA